GCCAUGCCCUUCUGGGUGCUGGCUCCACAGCAAAGCCCUGCUCCAGCUGAUCCCUACCUCAGGAGGGAUGAAAGCCAGCCCUGCUGAAAGCUGCAAGGGCUCAGUUAAUCCUGCUGUCAGGCGGUGUUAAGCAGCAGUCUCAGCGCUGGAUUCCGAGAGAAGGAGACGCGCAAUCCAGAAGGCGCAGCAGAGGGGAGGCGAGAGAGGCAGCUAAAGAGAGCAGAGCGGGGGAAAAAUCAAAUCUAUGCUCGGAACUGGGCUUCUUUUUCGCCAAUGCAAAAGGGAAUAUGCAGCACAUUUUUGCCUUCUUCUGCACCAGUUUCCUAGGGGCAGUGUUAGGGGCCAAUUUCCCCAACAAUAUCCAGAUAGGGGGGUUAUUUCCUAAUCAACAGUCCCAGGAACAUGCUGCUUUUAGGUUUGCGCUGUCUCAGCUCACGGAACCCCCUAAGCUCCUUCCCCAGAUCGACAUUGUGAACAUUAGCGACAGCUUUGAAAUGACAUACACCUUUUGCUCACAGUUCUCCAAGGGCGUCUAUGCCAUCUUUGGUUUUUAUGAGAGGAGGACUGUCAACAUGCUCACAUCUUUCUGCGGGGCUCUCCACGUCUGCUUCAUAACGCCCAGCUUCCCCGUCGAAACGUCCAACCAGUUUGUUCUCCAGCUUCGCCCAGAGCUCCAGGAUGCCCUCAUCAGUGUCAUCGAACACUACAGCUGGCAGAAGUUUGUGUACAUUUAUGACGCUGAUCGGGGAUUGUCAGUCCUACAGAAAGUGCUGGACACUGCAGCCGAAAAGAACUGGCAGGUGACAGCUGUCAACAUCCUGACGACAACAGAAGAGGGCUACCGCAUGCUCUUCCAGGAGCUGGAGAAGAAGAAGGAAAGGCUGGUGGUGGUGGACUGUGAAUCUGAGCGGCUGAACAUCAUCCUCAGCAAGAUCAUCAAGCUUGAAAAAAAUGGGAAUGGAUACCACUACAUCUUGGCAAAUCUGGGAUUUAUGGAUAUUGAUCUGACAAAAUUCAAGGAGAGUGGAGCCAAUGUAACUGGAUUCCAGUUGGUGAAUUACACGGAUGCUGUUCCUGCCAGGAUCAUGCAGCAGUGGAGGAAUAAUGAUGCCAGGGAGCAUCCUCGUGUGGACUGGAAAAGACCAAAGUACACAUCGGCCCUUACAUACGAUGGGGUCCGGGUGAUGGCUGAGGCGUUUCAGAACCUGCGGAGGCAGCGGAUUGACAUCUCCCGUCGCGGCAAUGCCGGGGACUGCCUUGCCAACCCUGCCGUGCCCUGGGGACAGGGCAUCGACAUCCAGAGAGCGCUGCAGCAGGUCCGUUUCGAAGGACUGUCUGGCAACGUUCAGUUUAAUGAGAAGGGACGCAGGACCAACUACACCCUCCAUGUGAUUGAGAUGAAACACGAUGGGAUCAGAAAGAUUGGCUAUUGGAAUGAAGAUGAAAAGUUGGUUCCAGCAGCCAUAGAUACUCAAACCGGCAAUGAGUCCACGAGCCUCCAGAACAGGACUUACAUAGUCACAACUAUCCUAGAAGACCCAUACGUCAUGCUCAAGAAGAAUGCCAACCAGUUUGAAGGCAACGAGAGGUAUGAAGGCUACUGUGUGGAGCUUGCUGCUGAGAUUGCAAAGCAUGUUGGCUACCACUACAGGCUGGAGAUUGUCAGAGACGGGAAGUACGGAGCCCGGGACCCCGACACCAAAACGUGGAAUGGCAUGGUGGGAGAACUCGUGUAUGGGAGAGCUGAUGUGGCUGUGGCACCACUAACCAUCACUCUGGUUCGAGAAGAAGUUAUAGACUUUUCCAAACCAUUUAUGAGUUUAGGUAUCUCUAUCAUGAUAAAAAAACCUCAGAAGUCCAAACCAGGAGUGUUUUCCUUUCUGGAUCCGUUGGCUUACGAAAUAUGGAUGUGCAUUGUUUUUGCCUACAUUGGAGUGAGUGUUGUCCUCUUCUUGGUGAGCCGCUUCAGCCCUUAUGAGUGGCACACAGAGGAAUUUGAGGAAGGACGGGACCAGCCAGCCAAUGAUCAGACGAAUGAGUUUGGGAUAUUCAACAGUCUCUGGUUCUCCCUGGGAGCUUUCAUGCAGCAAGGAUGUGAUAUUUCUCCAAGGUCUCUCUCCGGCCGCAUAGUCGGUGGCGUCUGGUGGUUCUUCACCUUGAUCAUCAUAUCCUCCUACACAGCUAACCUGGCUGCCUUCCUCACGGUGGAAAGGAUGGUUUCUCCCAUCGAGAGUGCAGAGGACUUGGCCAAGCAGACGGAAAUCGCCUAUGGGACCCUGGAAGCUGGUUCCACUAAAGAGUUUUUUAGGCGAUCCAAAAUAGCAGUGUUUGAGAAGAUGUGGACAUACAUGAAGUCAGCCGAACCCUCUGUUUUUGUGAGGACGACGGAAGAGGGGAUGAUCCGGGUGAGGAAGUCGAAAGGGAAGUAUGCCUACCUCUUGGAGUCCACCAUGAACGAGUACAUCGAGCAGCGGAAGCCCUGUGACACCAUGAAGGUGGGAGGUAACUUGGACUCCAAAGGCUAUGGCAUUGCAACGCCAAAGGGGUCUGCACUGAGAGGUCCCGUAAACCUAGCGGUUUUGAAACUCAGUGAGCAAGGCGUCUUAGACAAGCUGAAAAGCAAAUGGUGGUACGAUAAAGGGGAAUGUGGAAGCAAGGACUCCGGAAGUAAGGACAAGACGAGCGCUCUGAGUCUCAGCAAUGUGGCGGGGGUUUUCUAUAUCCUCAUCGGUGGGCUCGGACUAGCCAUGCUGGUUGCCUUAAUCGAGUUUUGUUACAAGUCCAGAAGUGAAUCAAAGCGGAUGAAGGGUUUUUGUUUAAUCCCACAGCAAUCAAUCAACGAAGCCAUACGGACAUCAACCCUUCCCAGGCCGGCUGCAGCAGGAGGCAGUGGAGAAAACGGACGUGUGGUCAGCCACGAUUUCCCCAAAUCCAUGCAGACGAUCCCGUGCAUGAGCCACAGCACCGGCAUGUCCCUGGGAGCUACGGGAUUAUAAUUGGCCUUUUGACCCAUUGCCUGGGUGAGAGCAGGGGCAGCCCAACUCCACCCCCUCCAGAGCCAAAACCAAACCCAACACCAACAAGACAAAUGAUGAUGACAGAAGGGACAAUUGGAUGGAUCUUCUCGAGGAAAUCAACUCUAUUUCCCUUUUUCUUUUGCAAACAGAUCCACCGGCAGGAGAACAGAAACAGGUCUGUACUGCAAUAAGGAGAGCGUAAUGGGAUUUAACAGACUCGUGAACCGUCCCUGAUCAAAGAACCACUGGAACACUAAUGAGGACUAUGCCAUUUUGUUUUAACUUGGUUGUUAAUAAGUCUUAGUGUGUGCAAUAUAUAUAUUUUUUCUUACUAAUUCCUGUGGUGUCAGGGUAACAUCAGCCCUUUCCCCUUUCCCUUCUCAGCCCUUUAAUCUGGUUUAGUUCGGGAUGCAAACUAUAACGUCUGAGCUACUAACAGCAAAAACAAAAUCCAACGAAUGGCAAGUCGAACUCCCUGCAGGGCAUCAGCACUGACCCCUUUUCUCCAUCAUGAUUCUGCCUUCCGUUGUUCUGUUGUGAACUCAGGGUGUGGAGUUAAUGCAACAAGGCAGACAGGGCUGCGAAUGGCUCUCCCUGCAACAGGAAGGACUUGACACAAGAAGAACCUGAACAAAAAACAUGAGGCUGUUUUACAGGGGCAAAGUCAUGAGUGAGUUUGGAAACCCCAGGUAAUCUGACAACAAAGAGGUAAUUCUUCCAGAGAUGAUGAGCGGCGGUUCAAGAGAAGGUUCGUGUGCCUGGAGAGGAGAGCAUCAUGUAUGGCAUACUAGAGCAGAUGGUUGGUCUAAGAGCAUGGUAGGCUGCUGUUUAUAGAAGAGAAAAGGUAAAUGCAGUAUUCCCCUCACAUGCCACUCUCCUGCCUAGGUUAUUGGGGGGCUAAUAAGCAAUUGUGAACCAUUUCUUCAUUGCUUAGCUUCUGUGUGUGCUCCCUUUUUGGUGGUCACGUAAGGGAACCACCCUGAACCGGGAAUAGACCAUCACAAGACAUCCAGUUCUAGAUGGCUGCCUAUUAACCAGUAAAACAUGCUAGAAGUCACGGGGCUGCAAUGGGACUAUCCCAGACUUUUUGCUCUGAAAUCCCUUUAUGGCCAUUUUUCUAAUUACAAGGGACAUUUUUUAGCUAGUUGGCCAGAAUAGCUUCCUGGAAGAAACAGCUGAAGCAAACCAAGGAGGAGACCCUACAAGAGCUUCAUUCAAGCAUCUGUGACAUUGGAUAGCAUCAGGGCUGGCCAGACUCAGCCUUCCUGUCAAGUUGUGGCCUGUACUCUGGGUACAAAGCCAAAAGUAGCAGAUUCCUGCUUGUGUAUCCUUAGGGAGGGGAAAGCAUCCACAAGCCAGGAGAGCAGGCUGCUGACACCAAAUUCAGAAUUGCAGAAACCCACACUGCUGGGCAGAGAGAUGGGAGUCCAGCUACAGGCACGGAGGUCAAAGGGGCAAGGAUGGUUUUCCAGAACUGCACAAAAGACUCAUUCUGUGAAUCAUUGGCAUGGACAGAAAAAUGUUUCCCACCCUGGUGAGCCUGAGACACCUCCCCAGAAGUGAAGGAUCCCCAGGGGAGCAUCUAGUGAGAGAAGAUCUGUAGGGCAGGGACCAUGGGGAACCCACUCGGCCUUGUCCCAUCUCACAAGUCCAUCACUGAUGGCAAAUAAAGUUCAAAACUUCUCACAGGACUCAACAAAUAUCUGUCCGGGGACUGAGCUGCUAGUGGAGCAUUCGGAACUCUUUUCUCACUCGCUCUCUCUCUUUUUUUUUUUUUUUUCUUUUUUCUUUAUUUCUUUUUUUAAUUUUCCUGCAACGUAGCAAGUGAGGAGCAGGAAAAGAAGGGAUGCAAGUGAAGACAAAGUCAUGCAGGCAAAUGACUGGCACAGGUCUACAAGGAGGACCUGUCUAUACAGCUGUCCAUAAAUAGAGCUGGAAGCUGCCUGGAUGCCAGUUUCCAUUAGUGUACUGUGCAGAGCAAUAUGUUUACCACCUUUAACACCAGCCUGGUCCAAAGCAUCUGUUCCAUUUACCUGCUUGUCCUGCAACACUUUGGAGACCAGUGAGACAAAGAAUCAAGGUCUGAAGCUCAGGCACAGCAUGUCGUGUGCCAAUGUGCUUUCCUCUCUCCACUACUGCAAGCCCUUGUGAUCUCCAUCUCUAAUCACCCAACACGAGUUCUAUCAUCAGCUGCUCCAAACACCUCUUCAGGUCACUUUGUGUUGGUUAUCACUAUUUUUAAUCCACUUUUCUGUCCUUAUUUUUAACUUCAGUUCUGUGUAAGUGCUAGCGCAGUGGGAACAUCCCUCAAGCUAGCCUGUUUCCGUGCCCAGAGCCCUCGGAUGCAUCCCUUGCCCCGGCUCUUGCCACAUCCCGGACCUUGCCACGGCACCCCUGGGUGCUGCACCCUGUCCUCCUCCAGACAUGGCCACCGUGGUGGCAGGGCAUGGGGAGCCCAGCCGGGCAGGCAGACAUCGAAGCGCCUGUGCUAGGACUGGCCGCCUGUGACGUGAAGAUGUGAGAUGGAGUCUUCAAAGGCUUUCCAUCGGUGGUGGGGUUAAAAAAAAAAAAAAAAAAAAAAAAAAAAGAAUAGGACAAAAGCGUGGAAAAAUGUUAACUUGUAAUAUGUAUUUUUACUACACUUUUCUUAAAAAUAGAGUAAUGGUAAAACUCUUAAAGACAUUGACAUUUUUUCUCAACAGGAAUCCAUAUUUAACAGUUUUGGCUUUCAUUAAAUUUUGCUCUUUGGUACCUGGAUCUUUUAUUUAACAUCUAUAUUUGUUUUAACUCUCUUUUUUCUUUUCUUUUCCUUUCUUUCUUUUUUCUUUUCCUUUUGGCGAUACUGCAAAGGAUUUUGCUUUAUCAAACUCAACAGUGUUUUUAUUUUCACAUUCUCUUUUUUCAAGCAACAUUUUUACUGGUAAUUAUUAUUUACAUAAAAAUGAAACUAUCAGCUGGAAUUUUAGCACCAAGCAUCCAUGAUGCAUUUUUCAUAGCUGUCCAUGCCAUUUUGUGCCAGUGCUGGAUGUGUGGAAGUGAAAAUGAUGUUAUCCCUCAGGCAAUAUUACCCAACCUGAAUCAAACGAGAUUUCCUUGAUUAUUGCUGUGUCUGACUUGUGAACAGCAGCCAAAUAAACUGCUUCAGGUUGAAA